AUGACAAAAGCGCUGGCUGCAAACGGCGCACACCGAAUCUACAUAGUCGGCCGCCGAGAAGAUGUUUUGCGCGACGCCGCCAAUAGCAUCGACCCAAACGUCGUCAUACCAUUAUCUGGAGACAUAACCUCUCAAGACUCACUGCUCGGAAUCGCCGCGAGAAUUGAAUCCGAAAUAGGCUAUGUAAACCUCGUCAUUGCAAAUGCAGGCAUCAUGGGUCCAAGGCCCCUCAAAGCCGCACCAGGCAACCCUCUGCCCACAAUCAGCGAGUACCGAGCACACGCCCUUCAGAGCCCUAUGCAAGAUUUCACACAAACCUACGCUGUAAAUGUAACAGGCGUAUACUACACCGCCCUAGCUUUUCUCACCCUCCUUGACGCCGGCAAUACAAAAGGCAACUUCUGUACCGGCGUGCGCUCCCAAAUCAUUGCCGUCUCCAGCAUCGGCGGCUUCUCUCGUCUUUCAGGCGCCUCAUUCGCAUACAAUAGCAGCAAAGCUGCAGUCACACACAUGAUGAAGAUGCUAGCUACAUCGCUAGCCCCCUAUCGCAUUCGCUGUAACGUGCUGGCUCCCGGCAUCUUUCCGUCUGACAUGACGACAGGGAUUAUUGGGGGGUUAAAUCCGCUGCAGAGCGAAACGCUGGAUAAGAACGUUAUUCCUGCAGAGAGGACGGGUUGCGAGCAGGAUAUUGCGGGGGCGGUGCUGUGGAUGGCGGGGUUGGCAGGGGCGUAUUUGAAUGGGAGUGUGGUUGUGGUAGAUGGGGGGAGAUUGGGGAUGUUGACGUCUACUUAUUAA